GGCUUUCAUUUCAGCGCGGUUCCCCUCUCUGUGGCGAGGGCUGCCUUUUGAAGCAGUGCAUUCAUUCUCCCCUUCAAGCACCAUAAGUCUCAUUUGCCAGCUUCAGAACCAUGGCAACAGAAGAAAAGAAGCCAGAUGCAGAAUCCACCAAAACACAAUCUACUCCUUCCUCCUCGACCAAUCAGAGCAAGCCUGCACCAGUAAAACCAAACUAUGCCCUGAAGUUCACGUUAGCAGGACACACAAAGGCAGUCUCCUCAGUGAAGUUCAGUCCUAAUGGAGAGUGGCUAGCCAGCUCCUCUGCUGACAAACUCAUUAAAAUCUGGGGAGCAUAUGAUGGCAAGUUUGAAAAAACAGUGUCUGGUCAUAAACUGGGUAUCUCUGAUGUUGCUUGGUCAUCAGAUUCCAACCUUCUUGUCUCUGCCUCCGAUGAUAAAACCCUCAAAAUAUGGGAUGUAAGCUCGGGUAAGUGCUUAAAGACAUUGAAAGGGCACAGUAAUUAUGUUUUCUGCUGCAACUUCAACCCUCAGUCAAACCUCAUCGUUUCUGGAUCAUUUGACGAAAGCGUGAGGAUAUGGGAUGUGAAAACAGGGAAGUGCCUCAAGACAUUGCCUGCUCACUCUGACCCAGUUUCAGCUGUGCAUUUUAAUCGUGAUGGAUCCCUGAUAGUGUCAAGUAGCUAUGAUGGACUCUGUCGAAUCUGGGAUACAGCAUCAGGCCAGUGCUUGAAAACACUGAUUGAUGAUGAUAACCCUCCUGUGUCUUUUGUGAAAUUCUCCCCAAAUGGCAAAUACAUACUAGCUGCAACUUUGGACAACACUCUUAAACUUUGGGACUACAGCAAAGGAAAGUGCCUGAAGACGUACACAGGACACAAAAAUGAGAAGUACUGCAUAUUUGCAAAUUUCUCCGUUACUGGUGGGAAGUGGAUCGUGUCUGGUUCAGAAGACAACCUGGUUUACAUUUGGAACCUUCAGACAAAAGAGAUUGUACAGAAAUUACAAGGACACACAGAUGUGGUCAUCUCAACAGCUUGUCACCCAACAGAAAACAUCAUUGCAUCAGCGGCACUAGAAAACGACAAAACAAUUAAACUGUGGAAGAGUGACUGUUAAACGUUCCAGUAUCACUUUAGAGACUGUCAGGAAAUAAUGUUUUUAAAAAAAAAUAUUAAAAAAAAAAAAAACCCACAUGAGAAUAAUAAAUCCAGUUUGGCAGGAAACCUGAAGAAUAUUUGAUUAAGUGGUUUCUGUUAGUCUUGGCCCAAAGAACACGUCUUAGCUCGGCCAACGUGGUGGGGGAAAAAAAAAAAGAUGCAGUGUCUCCUUUUCUUGCCUAAUCUUUUGGCAGACAAAUGGAUCGUUCUGACAUGGUGUUAGAAGUGUCAGCCUUGUGUUGGACGCCCCAAAGAUACUGUAUGUUAUGGUGGCAUUACUUCUGGGCACUGUUGCUGCUUAAGGAGGAGCUGCCAGUCUACUUUGUAACAGUAAGUUAAGUCACCAGCCUAGAGGUGUGUGGAAUUUUUUUAAAUGUCUAAUUUUUUUUAUUCUUUUUUUUUUUUUUUUUCCAGAAUGUAGGUUCUAGUCAGUUGGGAAGUUUCUGUAUUGUUUUAAAUAGGAGUACUGCAUCUUUAAGGGUGCUUCAUUUUAAACACUCAGCUCAAACUUUGUGACCAAAUAAAACCAUGCAGUUCCAGAUUCCCCUCUUCCUGCCCCUGACUUGGCUCCUGUGGUGAAAUCUCCUCUUACCUUCUGUAUAGUUGCUUACCUCUUGUUAUGUGUGUUUAAUAGAUGCUGUUCUAGAGCAAAGUUACAAAGUUCUUCUGUUAACCAUUAAAAUGAAUUCUGCUUGUAGUUGUUCUCAGUAUAUUUUAAUUUUUUUUCUCUUCUGGUUAUAAAGCAAGCUCACAGAACACUGUAAAGUUAUUUCAAUGUAAAAAGGAAAAAAAAAAAAAGACCCCAGACUUUUGUAUCUUGAAAAUCCAUCGUAUGAAACUGUAUUGAUAAUGGCAUGACUCUGUAUCUAUUUCAGCAUUGGUAUUUCUUACCCUUUUUGUCAUACCCAUGUGGUAUUUACACAUCCAAAAAAAAUACCAUAUGCCAUAAUAAAAAGGAGGGAUUUUA